UGUGCGCGCACCUCCUUAGUGUUUCGUGUACACAAAUCGGAGUCGUAUGUUUUUUCGCAGUGUAAUUUGAAUAUCACAUAGAAUCAUGUUUGGCAAUUUAUCCGCUUAAUCCUGAUCGAGGCGUGAAUCGAUCUAUUUCUUUUUGUACUGUGAUAUUAAUCCGAGUGCAAUUCUAUCGAUGGUCUGUGUAUUUUUAAGUGUAGAAGUGUGAUACAAGUGAUUCAGUGUCAUUUUCCAUCCUGUCAAGUAUUAAAUGUAAUAUGGCCGCUUUCUAAUACAAAUCGCAGAAGUGCUUUGUUAUUCAAAUAUUUCGUUUACUAGUUUCGAUUAGAAAAGGAGCAAUGGAGCUUCGAGUAGGAAAUAAAUAUAGACUCGGCCGUAAAAUUGGCUCGGGUUCUUUUGGAGAUAUUUAUCUAGGAACAAGUAUUACUACAGGAGAGGAAGUCGCUAUUAAAUUAGAAUGCAUCAAAGAAAAGCACCCGCAGUUGCAUAUCGAAAGCAAAUUCUACAAAAUGAUGCAAGGAGGAAUGGGUAUACCUACAAUUAAAUGGUGCGGCUCAGAAGGCGACUACAAUGUAAUGGUUAUGGAAUUACUGGGUCCAUCAUUAGAAGACUUAUUUAAUUUCUGUUCGAGGAGGUUUUCUUUGAAAACGGUUUUAUUACUUGCCGAUCAACUUAUAUCUCGCACAGAAUAUAUACAUUCGCGUAACUUCAUCCAUCGCGACAUUAAACCCGAUAACUUUCUUAUGGGACUCGGAAAGAAAGGAAACUUGGUCUAUAUAAUAGACUUUGGUCUGGCGAAGAAAUUCAGAGAUGGACGCACACACCAGCACAUACCAUAUAGGGAGAAUAAGAAUUUGACUGGUACAGCUAGAUACGCUUCCAUUAAUACUCAUCUUGGAAUAGAACAAUCUCGUCGAGACGAUUUAGAAUCCCUAGGUUACGUUCUAAUGUAUUUCAAUCGAGGCUCGUUGCCUUGGCAAGGUCUGAAAGCUGCCACUAAAAGACAAAAGUACGAACUCAUCUCUGAAAAGAAAUUAUCUACGUCAAUAGAAGAAUUAUGCAAAGGUUUCUCGCCGGAGUUUGCAUCUUAUUUACAUUGUUGUCGGCAAUUGAGAUUUGAUGAUCGUCCAGACUACUCCUAUCUUAGACAAUUAUUUCGCAAUUUAUUUCAUAGACAAGGAUUCACCUGCGACUAUGAAUUUGAUUGGAAUAAGUUGAAAUUCGGUGGUUCUAGGUCUAAUAAUCACGGUGGUAAUAAUGGUGCAGGCGGCGAAGAAAACGGAGGUGGUGCGAACAACGGAGCGAUGGGCGGCGGAGGUGGUAACGGCGGCACGGGCAAUAAUGGAGCAGGAGCAGGAGGCGGCACAGGAACGAGAGGAACUCGUGGAGCGGCAGGAUACGGAGCUGUUCCUCCGGAAACGCCGAGACCUCCACAAGGACGUUUACGUAGGCACGAUGUGUCCACACCAGCAGCGGCAGUUGGAGACGAUAUUGCAUCAAGAGGAAUGUAUGAAAGCCACGAAAGACGUGUUUCCAUGAGAUUAAGGGGGCAAGGUACAGCUGCGUCACCUAACCAAGAACAUGCAAAAAACACCGGCUCACCGAUGGCUCCCCCUAGUCAGCAACGCAGAGCGUCAGCUCCGAAAGAAGGUCCCCCAAGACUUAAAAAAUAACCCAUUAAACGCGCCGUUUUACACAAUAAUUAUUUAAAAUUGUGGUAGAAUCGAAAUGCAACAGUCGAUUUUAAUAAUAUCUUCCUCGUUUAGUUAGGCGUCAUAAACAAUUUGAUAUGAUAACUAUGUGUGUGUGUGUAAUGAAUGUAUGUACGAUUUAUGAAAUACGACUGCGAUUAUUCUUAUAUUUUGUGACAAUGCUGGAAAUAAGGUUAGAGGACUCAAUAUAUUUAGAAAAAUGUUAAUCGGCGCAUAUCGAUUUAUUAAAUGUUUGUCAUGGAAUAUUUUAAUUUAUUCAUGACUUCUUCAUAAAGAUAUAUUGGUAGCAGCAGGAUCUAUCUUAUAGUAUUCGUUUUUAUUAUACUUGAUAAAAAUGAUUGCUUAAUUGAAAUGCCAAUUAACAGCACGUUAAAAAUGGACGUUUGUAAGAAAAAAAACUACAAGAUAAAACAAACUUGUUUCAAAUAUAUAAGCCUACAUUUUGAUAUAAUUUACUAUCAUAUAUCCUUAUUAUCAAAAUCUAUCCUUAGAUCUAUCAUUUGUCAUUCAAUAACAUUAAUUUGUGUGUGAUGAUUGCCACUAUUCAGCAACCGACUAUGAAGUAUAUCCUGUUGCUGUUACAUUUUGUUACAACAAAAGUGCUCCGCAAAAAAUCGGAACAUUUUAAAAUAGUUGCAAUGAAGGAAAAGUAUAGAAGAAUCAGUUUUGAUUUUUUAUAAACAAAAAACGAACUUAAUGAUGACUGAUAGUUUUACAUUUUGAGACGAAUGUAUCUUAAUAUAAAAAAAACACAUGUGUAUAAUAUAAUAAGUGUGUAUA